AUGGCUCAACGCGUCACAUAUAGGCGGCGACUUUCGUACAACACAAAGUCAAAUAAGGCGAAAAUUGUAAAGACUCCUGGAGGUCGCCUUGUUUUCCAAUACUUGAAGAAACGUGGAUCCGUCCCAAAGUGCAAGGAUACCGGCGUUAAACUUCAUGGUUUUAUUAAUCUGCAAUGGAUUUUUUGA